AUGUCAACUAGUGAAACUGAGAAUGAGAGGAUGAAAAAAUUCAAGAACAGAGGCAAAAAUGUGGAGAUACUGAGAAGGCAGAGAGUUGAAUUUUCUGUUGAAUUACGAAAAGCCAAAAGGGAUGAACAGAUUUUGAAGAGACGGAACAUAAGCAAAUUUCCAGAUGGUGACUCUUCUUUACCAAAGCUUGCUGGAUUUAAUAGCCAUCCAAUGACCAUAGAGGAGAUUGUGAAGGGAAUGAAUAGCCAAGACCCGUUGCUACAAUUGCAAGCUACAAAUGGAGUUCGAAAACUACUCUCUCGGGCAUGGAAACCUCCACUGGAUGAAUGUAUUGAAGCAGGUCUGGUUAAGAAGCUUAUUGAGUUUCUUGGUCGGGAGGAUGAUCCUACACUACAGUUUGAGUCAGCCUGGGCGCUGACUAAUAUUUCCUCUGGCACAUCAGCUCAAACUGGGGCAGUGGUGGAAGGAGGUGCUAUUCCACCACUCGUACAUCUCCUUUCCUCCCCACACAUGCACAUCAGUGAGCAAGCUGUGUGGGCCUUGGGCAACAUUGCAGGUGAUGGCCCUCUCUUUCGUGAUGCAGUAAUUGAAUGCUCUGCUGUUCCCUCACUCCUGCGAUUGGUCCAACCAGAUAUCCCUGUUGACUUCUUGCGCAAUAUCACCUGGACUAUAUCAAAUCUGUGUCGCAACAAAAACCCAUAUCCCCCUCUCCAGGCAGUUCAACAGAUUCUCCCCACACUGGUUCAACUGCUUCAUUAUGAGGAUGAUGCCCUUCUCUCUGAUGCUUGCUGGGCAAUAUCCUACCUGACAGACGGUCCAAAUGAACGGAUUGAGGAGGUGGUUCGCACUGGAGUUUUGCCCAGGCUUGUGCAAUUGAUGUUGAAAGAUAAACUGGGUUUGUUGACUCCUGCCCUCCGUUCUGUUGGAAACAUUGUGACUGGAACUGAUAGACAAACAGAGGCUGCUCUUGAAGCAGGAGUUCUUUCAAUUCUACCAAAACUGUUGAAACACCCCAAGUCCUCGAUCCAGAAAGAGGCUGCUUGGACCAUUUCCAAUAUUGCUGCUGGACCUACAAUGCAGAUUCAACAGUUGAUUACUUGUGGAGUUAUAGCUCCCCUUAUAGAAAUUCUGGAAAAAGGUGAAUAUAAAGUACAAAAAGAAGCUAUUUGGGCUGUGACAAAUUACACAAAUGGUGGUACAGUUGACCAGGUUAUAUACUUGGUGCAAUGUGGGGUGCUGGAACCUCUCCUUAACUUGCUGUCAAACCAAGAUGCCAAAAUCCUCCUCGUAAUCCUGGAAUGCCUAUCCAAUAUCUUUCUUGCUGGAGAACAAUUGGGUGAAACGGACAAACUAUGCCUAUUAAUAGAGGAACUUUAUGGCUUGGAUAAAAUUGAGGCUCUUCAAUUCCAUUCAAAUACCACUGUGUACAAAACAGCAUUAAAACUUAUUGAGAAAUACUUCCUUGAUGAGGAGGAAAUUCCAAACAUGCAGUCUGAAGUAGCAAAUGGUGAACUUGUACUUCAAGUGCAUUUUUCUGAAGAUAAAUUUAGCUUUUGA